ACUCAGUAUCUCGGAGCCAAACUACAAAAAAUGGAGUCGACUCUUUCGUCUCCUUGUUCUUCGAUUUAAUCUCAUGGGAUAUCUUGACGGCACUAUCGUCGCCAAAUCGGCCAACGAUGCUGAGUGGUUCCAAUUCGACGCCCUACUUCAAGGAUGGAUCUUGUCUACAGUCUCCGAUGAGGUCUCCGAUCUCGUCCUCGCAAACAGCCCUACAGCCGCGGCACUCUGGAAAGCGAUCUACAAAUUGUUUCAUGACAACAAGCACGCCCGGGCGAUGCAAUUGGAGCACCGGUUUCGCACCACCGUCAAAGGAACCAAGACAAUAAAUGAGUAUUGUGACACUCUCAAGAACCUAGCCGACUAUCUCGACGACGUAGAUGCUCCGGUGACCGAACACGCCCUCGUCCUACAAGUGCUUCAAGGAUUGCCACAUGACAUCCGGGGCCAAGUUCACUUUUUGCAGUAUCAGAACCCAUUUCCGACGUUCCUGGAAGUCCGAUCGGCUCUCCUCUUGGUCGAACAACAGCAGGCCGACGCCCUCCCCAACGCCGCACAGUCCACCGCCCUUCUCAGCUUCAGCGGCGGCGGCAGCAGCAACAUGGCGGGCGGGGGUCAGUCACGGCAAGGCAGCAGCGGGCAGAACUCCGGGCGUGGCAGUUUCGGAGGAUCAAAUCGGGGCAAUUCUGGUGGCUACCGCGGGCGUGGCCGUGGACGUGGACGAGGCAGCUCGAAUCAAGGACAACCCGGUUAUGAUGAUUGGAAGAUCAUGAUGGAAGCACAGCUUUACGCUCUACAUGAUUGCAUGUGGAUGGUGCUUGAGGAUGGACCCUUGAAAAUCCAAAUGGAGAAUCGUGAGAGGAAUCCAGCAACUCCAGACGUAGUCCAGUACAUUCCAAAGCCCAAGGAAAAAUGGGAUGAUAGAGAUUGCAAAAAGCACAAUCUGGAUAACGUCGCCAAAGCAGCCAUCUUCAAGAAACUUGACCCCAUCACCUUCUCCAAAAUUAAGCACCAAAAAGGAAAGCAA